ACCAAUUAACCAAUGUUUCAAAUCAAUCUAUAUAUCCUCAUUGCAUCUCAUACAUGCAUCUCUAAUUAAACUUCAUUGAAAAUUGAAAUCUAUCAAAUCUUUUCUUUUUAGCAAAAGUAGUAUAUAAGUUUCUUACUUAAAAAAAAGAUGAAGUUUGGAAAAGAAUUUGUGUCACAAAUGGUGCCAGAAUGGCAAGAAGCAUAUAUGAAUUACAUCUCUCUAAAAUCUAUUCUAAAAGACAUGUUAAAGUUUAAAGCUGAAAAUGAACCAAAAGCACCAAUGGCAUCAACACCAAAAGGAUCAUUGAAAAGAAGGUUAACUCUCUAUAGAGCUUUUAGUGGUCUUAAUGGUAAACAAAGACAUUCUCCUUCAAGUAAGAGUGAAGAUGAAGUUAUACUUAUUCGUUCCGAAGAAGGCGAAGAUGAUUCAAAAGGGUUGUAUAAAACAAUGUUUUUAAAGCCUUAUGAAGAUGGAGCAGAAAAAGAUCUUGUGUUUUUUAGAAAACUUGAUUUUGAGUUUAAUAAGGUUAAUGCAUUUUAUAAGAAGAUGAUGAAGGAAGUUGUUGGUGAAGCUGAGGAGUUAAGCAAGCAAAUAAAUUUUCUUAUUGCUCUUAGAAUAAAGGUGGAUAAGGUUGGGUUUGGAAAUCUUGAUAACAGUGGAAACUCUUCUUCAACUUCCACUAUGAAUCUUGUAAAUGAUGUCAAACAUGGCCACUCAAAUAUACACAUGGAUGUGAUUCAUGAAGUUGAGAUGAGCAAUGAAAGUCAUUUUAUAAAUGAUAAAGAUGGAAAUUAUGUUGCACAAACCAAUUCUAAGACUAAUUCCAUAGAGGGAUUUAGACCAGCUUCUCUACAGAUCCUUGAUCAUGUGAAGAUCAAUGUGAUCACACCAGAAACUCCUGUGUCAACCAUAAAAGGUCUUCUCUUAAGUUCAAAAUCUGACAAAACAUUUGACAAGAAAGAGCUUAAGAAAGCAGAUGAGCAACUUAGCACUGCCUUAAAAGAGUUUUAUCAUAAGCUAAGGCUUCUAAAAAGAUACAGCUUCUUAAAUUUAUUGGCAUUCUCUAAAAUCAUGAAGAAGUAUGAUAAGGUCAGUUCAAGAAAUGCAUCAAAAGAUUACUUAAAGAUGGUUGAUAGUUCUUAUGUUGGCAGCUCAGAUGAGGUUAAUAGACUGAUUGAAAGGGUGGAACAUGCCUUCAUUAAGCACUUUGCAAAUGGGAAUCAUAGAAAAGGAAUGAACACAUUGCGGCCAACCGCGAAGAGGGAACGACAUCGAAAAACAUUCUUAUUAGGACUAUUAACUGGCUGCUCAAUUGCCCUAAUUGUAGCACUAAUUUUACUGGUACUUGCAAGAGAUAUUUUAGAUUCUAUACAUGGAACUGAAUAUAUGGAAAAUAUAUUUCCACUUUAUAGUCUCUUUGGAUACAUCGUCUUGCACAUGAUCGUCUACUCUGGAAAUACAUACUUUUGGAGGCGUUUUAAGAUCAACUAUCCAUUUAUAUUUGGAUUCAAGGAAGGAACAGAGUUAGGUUACAGAGAAGUGUUUCUUCUUAGCUCUGGCCUUGCAGUACUUUCUUUGGCUGGUGCUCUCUCAAACUUAUAUAUGGAGAUGGAUAAAAAAACAGAAAAUUAUCAAUCAUUUACAGAAUUAGUGCCUUUAGGACUUGUCAUAGUGGUGCUUGUCAUAACAUUUUGUCCCUUCAAUAUCAUAUAUAAAUCCAGCCGCUUCUUCCUAAUUAAAUGUGCAUUUCAUUCAAUUUGUGCUCCUCUCUACAAGGUCCACUUUCCAGAUAAUUUCUUGGCAGAUCAGCUUACCAGCCAGGUGCAAACAUUUAGAAGUUUGGAAUUCUAUGUUUACUACUAUUUUUUGGGGUACUACAAGGAUAGAUCAACCAAAUUCAUUAGUGAAUUGUCUCCAAAUAAAAAUUCCAUUGGUGAAAGUCACAAAUAUAAAACAUUCUAUUUAAUUGUUGCUAUUAUUCCAUUCUGGAUCCGUUUUCUUCAGUGUCUUCGAAGAUUAUUACUUGAAGAAAGAAAUAUGAUGCAUGGUCUCAAUGGACUAAAGUACAUAUCAACAAUAGUUGCACUUACAAUGAGGACUAUUGAUGAUCAGUUUAAUGAAAGAAAAUUAGUGGUUUGGACAAUUCUUGCUGCAAGUUCUUCAGGCAUUGCAACAAUUGUUAAUACUUAUUGGGAUAUUGUGAUUGAUUGGGGUUUGCUUAGAAGAAAUUCAAGAAAUCCAUGGUUAAGAGAUAAACUUUCUGUACCAUACAAAAGUGUAUAUUUUGUUGCUAUGGUGUUGAAUGUUAUACUUAGGCUUGCAUGGAUGCAAUCUGUUUUAGGCAUUAAGGAAACUCCAUUCCUGCAUAAAACAGCUAUGACUGCUUUUGUAGCUUGCUUGGAGAUCCUUCGUCGUGGAAUUUGGAACUUUUUCAGGAUGGAGAAUGAGCAUUUGAACAAUGUUGGAAAGUAUAGGGCAUUCAAGUCAGUACCUCUUCCUUUCAAUUAUCAAGAUGAUGAUGAAGAGAGCUCGGAUACAUAAAUAAAGUAAAUUGCCUUGUAGCUUGCUGGUGUAGCCUUUUUGGUGUGAUGGCAUUUAAGCUAUUUUCCCUACUUAAUAGAAAAUGUUCACUUGUUGUAUAUAUAAUUUUUUUUAUGAGAGUGUUCACUUGUAUUUGUGUGGCUAGCUAGAUUUCUUUGAAAUAACAUCACUUUUAUUUGUUGGAAAAAAAAGUACAAAAAGAAAUAUAGAAUGGAGUAAAGAUAGGGUAUUUGUAAAGAAAAUUAUGUGCCUUAUUGAAAGUGACAAAAUUGGGUUUUGGUACCGUCUAAAACACAGGGACAGGGCAUUCUAAUUUAAUAAAUUUGCAUUUUAUGGCUCACU